AUGGCACCCCCAUUUUCCAGUGACACCAGCCCAGACUUGAUCUCUAUGAGGCCAGCAGAGAUCGACGGGAAGCAAGCCCUCAUAGACACUGAGAAUGCUUUCAUCGUCGAAGACUCGCAUCCCUAUGUCUAUCCGAGAAGGCGGAGUCGUUGUCGGAGAACCCACCCCCUUUGGAACCUUAUGAAGGUCGCUGCCACGAUUGGCUCGAUCGGCAUGCUAAGCUACGGCGUGAUGAAGUACUCUGAUAACACGCCCGACGAGCCACGCACCCCCCGCCCGCAAGCGCCUGCCUUCUGUGAAUCCCCGCAAUGUAUUCACGCAGCGUCUGAGAUUCUCAAAAAUCUCGAUCCCAACUAUGAGGACAUUGAUCCUUGCGUUAAUUUCGAUCAGUAUGUCUGCGGUGGAUGGCGUGAGCUGCACGACAUGCGUUCUGACCAAGGCUCGAUCUUUGCCGGCACAAUCAUGGAGGAGAAUGCCCAGACUAAGCUCCGCCAUAUUCUAGAGCAAUCAGAUGCUCCUGAUUCUUCGGACGCUGAUAACUUCAAGAAGCUCAAAGCGGCCUAUGAUGCCUGUUUAGACGAAUCGACCGCGAGAAGCCGCGGUAGCAAGCCCUUGGACAAGAUGUUGGCUGAGCUGCGGGAUAUCUACCCUACUACAGUUGGGCUUGUUUCGGGCUCUCGGGAUCAUCUCACUGGUGCACUGCUGUAUCUCAUGAAGUCAGGUGUUGAAGCCUUGGUGUCUUCUGGCAUUACUCCCGAUGAUCGAGACCCAGACAAUGUGGUGAUUAUGGUGACACCGCCACGGGAGAUUGGUCUCCCAGCGAUCGAGUAUUAUAACAACACGGAGCUGGUAGCCCAAUACACAGCCGUCAUCAAGGAAGUUCUUCAAGGAUUCUCAGGAAGCGACAAGAUUGCCGAGAAUAUCGUGGCUUUUGAAACAAAGCUCGCGAAUGUGACACCCGAUACGGCCACCCAGGAAGAUGUCACGAAAUACUACAACCCGCGCAGCAUCAAGGAAACAGACUCAAUGCUUCCCGAGAUCUCGUUGGCGGAGAUCAUUGCUGCGCUGGCACCUCAUGAAUACCGAGGUGAUCGCCUGAUAAUUGGAUCUCCGUCAUAUAUGAAGGCACUGUCUGAGAUUCUAAACGAUGCGUCCCGGGAGACUAUAUCGUUCUUUCUACAGUGGAAAGCCAUUCAGGCAUAUGCCGACAAAAUCGAGGAUGACAAGGUGGCGCCCUUGAAACGAUUCAAAAAUACACUUGAAGGCAAGGACCCCCAGGCGACCCAGGAGCGAUGGCGCAAGUGCAUCCGAACCCUUGAUGAAGGCCUUGCAUGGAGCUUGAGCCGUUUCUACGUCCUAGACUCAUUCUCCGAGGCGUCGAAGAAGCUUGGUGACCAGAUCGUUUCAGACAUCAAGGAACGGUUUGUUUUCACUUUGGAUCAGACUGAAUGGAUGUCUCCUGAUGUCCGGAAAUUGGGUAUCCAGAAGGUGGGGAAUAUUAUCCAAAAGAUCGGAUACCCUACCAAGAGCCCCAACUUGAUGGAUCCGGCGGAUGUUGAAAAGUACUACCGCGAUCUGACCGUGUCUGAAGACACUUAUUUCGAGAACGAAGUGGCCGUAGCCAAGUUCGACCUUGACACCGAGUGGUCGAAGCUGGGCAAGCCUACAAAUCGCGAUGAAUGGGACAUGUCGGCGCCUACUGUCAAUGCCUAUUACAACCCGCCAGGAAAUGAGAUCGUAUUUCCUGCAGGCAUUAUGCAGCCACCGACGUUCUACGGACCAUCUGCUCCUCUGUAUCUAGCCUAUGGUGCAUUCGGUGCAGUCAGUGGCCAUGAGCUGUCCCACGCUUUCGAUUCCACGGGUCGCCACUAUGACGAAACUGGGAAUUACACAAACUGGUGGGAUGAUAAGACCGUGGAGGCCUUCGAGGAACGCGCUCAAUGCUUUAUUGAUCAGUAUUCCGAUUUCACCGUCGAGGGCCCUGGGAACAAGGUCCUCCAUGUCAAUGGACGCCUGACUCUCGGCGAGAACAUUGCCGAUGCUGGCGGCCUGACCGCUGCAUUUCACGCGUGGAAGAAGCACGACGAUAUCAAGUCUGAUCUGCACCUCCCGGGUCUAAACGCCUUCACGAAGGAGCAGCUAUUCUUUAUUUCCUACGGUAACUGGUGGUGUGGGAAGACCACAAAGGAGGCGGCUGAGAAGGCCAUCUACACCGACCCACAUGCGCCCAAAUCGGCGCGGAUCAUUGAAACCAUGGCCAAUUCCCGAGAAUUCAAGGAAGCAUUCCAGUGCCCGGACAAGAAACCAGUUUGCAAGCUUUGGUAA